AUGGUAUCCCUCCUCAUACUAAUCGACGAAUCCCCCUCAUCGACUCCCUCUUCCCCGAAUCCUCCUUCCCCCCUCUCCCCGACUUCUGUACACACCAGCGCAUCUCGCUCAACGCAUACCCUCUCCCUCUCGGCUUCGAAGCCUCGGGCACUCAGAGGAAUCGUACCCAGACGGUGCAUUGGUGAAUUCCAACUUGCCGACGUCACGUUCUCAUACCCAGUUCGCGCACCUGUCCUCAAGAACGUCUCUCUCUUCCUUCCUUCAGGAGAAACCACCUUCGUUGUCGGAGGUAGCGACUCUGGGAAAUCGACCGUCGCCGCCCUCCUGCUCGGCUUGUACAAAACCACGCAGGGGCAGGUUCUUAUGGACGAGCAAGAGGUCACUUUCUUGGACUCUAAGUGGAUGCGGAGCCACGUUAUGGGCGUUUCGCAAGGCGAUUGUGUUAUCUUCGACGGGAAGACUGUACAUGAUAACAUCGCUGCUAUCAUGGGCACAGAUGUCUCCGUCUCGCGCGAACAGGUCAUCGACGCUUGCACAAAGGCACUCCUCCACGAAUUCAUCAACGGACUCCCUGAUGGCUACGAUACCAUUCUUGGUGGUGCCUCCGAAUCUGAGGCUGGCGAAGCAGCCAAGGUCGGGGGUGUCAACCUCAGCGGUGGACAGAGGCAGCGUCUUGCAAUCGCACGAGCUUGCCUUCGCAACCCAACCGUCUUAAUCCUUGACGAAGCUACUUCCGCACUCGACCCUACUUCUCGUCUCUUGGUCUUCGAAGCCCUCAAGCGUGUGCGUCGCAACAAGACUACCAUCGUGAUCACCCACGAUCUCUCCCAGAUCGAGAAUACCGACUUCGUGUACGUGAUGGGGGAUGGCGAGGUCGUCGAACAAGGCUUCCGAAGGGAUCUCGAAUCCGGCUCCAGCACGGAGGACUUCACCUCGUCGUCUACAUCUCUCGAUGGCACCCACAUUGGCGAGUUCAAAUCGAUGCUCCAAAUCCAGAUGGGCAUGGGCGGGUACCUGCCCGAACGCGACAUCGAUGCGACAUCGUCUGAAAGCCAGGCUGAUGAAAAACGAACAACCACCUUUGACGAGGCAUCAUUACCUUCCAUGACCGACAUACCCGUUCCACCACCUACUGCGGCAGCUCGUCUUCGCCCUUUGACCUUGACAUUGGGCAACUGGAUGUUCGAUGUCGUAUCCGAUCUCACAAGGACCGCGAACGGACCUGGAGGCGUUUUGGCCCGUCUUUCCAUGAUACCCGAGCACCAGCAGUACGAACAAAACCAACGCGCCAGCAUUCGUGCUAGCCGCUUCGUCCCCGCUGAGAUGCUCCAACAACCAACACAAAGAAAGACUCGGCCUACUAGCAUUGCGAUCCCUGCCUCUCCUACCACCCCCACCGCUGCCUACACCAUUCCUCCUACCCGCCGGGGGUAG